AUGUGAAAUAACUUGCAGUGCAGUACUGCAAUAAUGCAGCCAUGCAGUGCCAGAAAAAAGGCGUGUUGAUCUGUUCAACAUGCUGUUAAAUGAAAAUCAUCUGUUCCUCGUGCUGUUACGCAGCUCGUGACGGCCAGCUUGACUUCAGCAGAGCAGAUCAGUGGCUUCUACACACAGUUUAAGGUGAGCAUUAUGGAUUUUAAAGCCGUCAAGCUUCUUUUUUGUGUCGUUUGUCUGGUGCGGUCCAGCCCGGAGGAGAGCUCUACAAAGACAAAGAAUGGGAAAAAAGAGUCGAACAGUGCUGCUAUUGAGGAGCUGAAGAAACAGAUCGAUCAGAUUGUGCAGGAUCUGAAUCUUUUGAAGGAACAACAAGCCUUACAAACAGUUUGCCUGAAAGGCAUCAAGAUCCCAGGCAAAUGUUUUCUUGCAGACACGAUGAAGAAGACCUUUCACUCGGCAAACGAUGACUGCAUUGCAAAAGGUGGGACACUCAGCAGCCCUCUCUCAGGCGAUGAGAACGACCAGCUGUAUGGGUACGUCCGGCAGACCAUCGGGCCAGAAGGGCACGUCUGGUUGGGUUUAAAUGACAUAUUAAAGGAGGGCGAGUGGACUGACCAGACCGGCUCACCAAUACGCUUUAAGAACUGGGAAUCAGAGAUCACCCAUCAGCCUGACGGGGGCCGCAGCCAGAACUGUGCCAUCCUGUCCAGUACGGCCAAAGGGAAGUGGUUCGACGAGGACUGUCGUGGUGAAAGGGCAUCUAUCUGCCAGUUCAACAUCGUCUAAGCUCUUAGUAGAUGCAUGAUAAACAUAUAUAAUACACAAACAAAAGUAUGUGGACACUGCAAUAUCCUUAGACUCUUAAAAUCCAAAAAGGAGUUAUUUUUACUGCGAUGCCUCUUAAAGUCCCCCUGUAGUGAAAAUCAAGCUUUUAAUGUUGUUAGAUGUC